UCGAAGCUUCAGUCUACUACGAAACAACGCCCCGACCGGUCCGAAUCGAGACGGAACUCCGCGAUCCGUUGGCCGGAAUGAUAGUGAUAAGUGCUGAUAAGCAGGUGUGACUAAGAUUGGGUGGAUUUUUCGAAGAAAAAUUUUGGAUUUCAGUGAGGAAUAGUGCGAAAAAAUGCGUUGGCAGUUACUACUGCUGCUGUUCUGUACAGUAGCUGUCCUGGAAAGGACGAUUGUUGUGAAAGCGGAUGACGCUGACGUCACCGAUGACGGUGAAACAAUCCAUUCAAGCGGAAGUGGCAAGCUGGAGGACGAAGAAACUGAAACGGAAACCGUUUCGGAGAUUGAAGAUGGUGAAGCAACGGACCAAAGUGAAAGUGAGGAUACUAAAGUGGACGAAGACGCCGUGGAGGUAGACCCGAACGCCAACGCCCGAUCCGAUGGCGAUAAACCCGUGGGCAGACGUGGGAAAUACUACAACUACGACGACUUUCUGUCUAAUUUGGAUUCUUUUGACCCCAAUUACGACUGGUCGAACCCAAUAAAUCGCGAGCAGCCAAAGGAUCCCCCUAACUUCCAUACCGAUGGCUCCGCCUACACAAUCACCCCUGCUCGCUUGGCGGAAAUUCGCCGAAACUUCCUCUAUCCAUUCUACGACCAGGGCGGUCCGGAAAAUAUCGGCGAUUAUCAGCGAGAUAUCCACGAUUCGAUCUCCCAGGUGCACAAAAACUUCAACUUCCAGCUGCCAUUCUUCGGGUUCCGGUUCAAUUACACUCGCAUCUCUAAAAACGGUUUUCUAGAGUUCUCCGAUCCUCCGGAGCACUACACCUACCCGCUGUCAUUCCCCAUCAAAGACUGGCCCCGUCGGAACGAUCCCUCGUUCAUCGGGAUAUUCUUCUCGAAGUGCCGCAUAGGUCGAAUUUAUGACACCGACAUCGAUCAACGCGUCCCUGGGGUGUACUUCCGGAUGGAGCGUGACUUGCAAACCCGAACCGACAGACCCGGGGUGGAGAUGCGGGAGCGUGUCAUGUGGGAUAUCCGACAGGGUGUGGUCGGAUCGGAUACAUUCAUUCCGAAGCACGUGAUCAUUACCACGUGGAAGAAUUUGACCUUCGCUGGUGGCAUUGAUAACUCGCUGUAUAGAACCAAUACUUUCCAAAUGGUGCUAGCAACUGAUGAGGUUUAUACAUAUGCCAUAUUUAACUAUGCGAUUAUCAAUUGGUCGUCGCAUACGGAGGCUGGUGGCGAUACGACCGGAGGAGAGGGAGGAGUUCCUGCUUACAUUGGAUUCAAUGCUGGAAACGGAACACAAGCCUAUGAGUACAAACCUUACAGUCAGGCUUCAGUGCUGCGUGAUUUGACAGGUCGAGGUUGGGCCAACAACUUCCCUGGGCGACACAUUUUCCGUAUUGAUGAACGAAUCAUGCUGGGAACCUGCAACAAGGAUAUCGAUGCGGCCCAUCUCCCCCUAGUGUUCGCUCCGGAAUCUGGCAAUAUGCUUGGUGGUACCGUUGUGAACAUCACGGGACCGUGCUUUAUGCCGAACGAUCGCGUGGCGUGCCGUUUCGACACGGAGGAAGUGGUGGGAACGGUCGUCGAUACCAAUCGUGCCAUCUGCAUUCAACCAUUCCUCAAAGCUCAAGGUUAUAUACGUUUUGAAAUUUCGAUCGGAACGGAACGAUUCAAGUGGAGAGGUAGAUAUUUUGUUGAGACUCCGGCAACCGCAACGGAUCGAAUCUUCUUUGAAACCGACGACGUUCAUCGUAGAAACCCGUCAGAAAUCCGCAUCACUUGGAACCGAUAUAACCUUACGACUAAUUUGAAUGCCAACAUUCAGAUUUCAUUAUGGGGCUACAGGGAGGCGACAAUCCGACCCGAACUAGAGUACAUAGACAUGAUUGAACCGCAGUUAACGAAUACGGGGGCAUAUACGAUCGCCCCAGCCAACUACCGUCUACGGGACAACCCACGCAAUGUAGACAUGCAAUUUGGGUUCAUCCAGAUCAAUCUAACCACCCCAGAACAAUUCAACGGACUUAGCAUAUCUCCGGUUCUCUGGUCAAAACCCAUACCCCUUGGCUGGUACUUCGGACCACAAUGGGAGCGGAUCCACGGACGAAACUGGCCUAGAGCCUUAUGUGACAACUGGCUGAUGUCGGACCGAUUCCUUCGCAACUUUGCCAAUGAACUUCCACUUUGCCCGUGUACUCUGGAGCACGCCAUCUAUGACAAAGGACGCUUCCUACCCGAUACGGAAUGUGAUCGCGAUGCAAACCCGACUUGUCUACACCAUCGGGGUGCCAUACACUGCGUACGAACCGGCCAACCAUCCGUGCAGGGAUCUGAACAGCAAUGUUGCUACGAUCGUAAUGGACUGCUGAUGCUGUCAUACGAUCAGAUGUGGGGUUCGCGACCACGACGCAACCACAACGUCGGUCAAAUGCCCUGGAACGAAGCCAACAAGGUACCCACGCUGUCCACCUGGUUCCACGAUGUUCGACCGUACUACUCGUGUUGUAUGUGGCAGGAUGAACAAGCGGUGGGCUGCGAAACGUUCCGAUUCGAACGUCGCCCGUCUCAGGAUUGUAUCGCGUAUCAGUCCCCGGCGGUAGGUGCCGUUUUUGGUGACCCCCACAUUGUGACCUUCGAUGGACUGCAGUACACCUUCAACGGGAUGGGCGAAUUUGUGCUGUUGCGGGGAAACAAUGGACGUGAACGCAUCGAUGUGCAGGGUCGUUUCGAGCAAGUGCCGCGCAAUAUCCACGGACCCGUAAUGGCCACCCACCUAACAUCGAUUGCAGCUCGGGGUAAUACCUCUACGAUUAUUGAAGUGAGACUACGACCCCGAGAAGCACAGUGGCGUUAUAGAUUGGACGUGUUUGCCGAUCAACGGAGAAUCUACUUUGACAGACAAAGCUUGAAGUUCCAGCACUUCCACGGGGUGACUGUAUACACGCCUACAUAUAUUCUGAACCAGUCGGAAGUCGUUAUUAUGUUUUCAUCGGGAGUUGGAGUGGAGGUCGUUGAAAAUAAUGGCUUCAUGACGGCGAGAGUGUACACACCGUGGAGUUUCAUAAAUAAAACACGGGGACUACUUGGUUACUGGAGUUGGAACAUGAUCGAUGAUUUGGUUCGUCCCGACGACACUGUUGUCACUCCCAAUUUGAAUAAUUUUGAGGAUGUUCACAGAAAUUUUGCAAUGCAUUGGAUGUUGGCGGACCGAGAGAUCGAAGGCGUCGGUCAGGCACUGUUCACGAGAGAAUUCGGUAGAACUUCUAGUUACUUUGCAAAUGUUUCAUUCACACCGGAGUUCCGUCGAGAGCCGAGAGAGUUCUUGCCACCAAACCGCACCAAUGAUAUCGAGCGCGCAACGGAGCUCUGCGGUGAGAGUUACCAAUGUCGUUACGAUUACGGCAUGACUCUGAGUCGGGAGAUGGCACACUUCACCAAAAACUAUCACUCCAGCGCCAUCAACAUUCAGACGACCAACAAUGAACGAACUAUAUCAUGCGGAAUACUGGAAACUCCAAGGUUUGGCCGUAAGUCAAACUUUAUUUUCACACCGGGAGCACGAGUUUCCUUCGAAUGCAACGAAGGAUUCGUGUUGAUUGGAGAUUCUCGCCGCGUAUGUCUGGAGAAUGGACAGUGGGACAUCCCGGAUUACGGUUACACUGAAUGUCUACGGGCCGUAUUCUAUACCCGCCGUACUGCUUGGAUAACAACGGGCAUUGUCAUCGCUGUUAUGUUACCCCUGAUAAUGUGUAUUGUUUGUGGAGUUUACUGUAUCCGCAAGCGCAAGCUUAAGGAGGAUCCAAACUGGCGCAUGCCUAUCCCAUCGCGGUCGGCUUCGCGAACCACGCUACGCAAUCUAAAUGGCAGCGAUCUCGACGAUAACACCAUCAAGAAGGUUCGUCGGUACGAUGCGACGUACAACACGCACGAACCGCUGGCUGGCAAGCCGGACAUUAAGUUCGAACCGAAGAAAAUGGACCUAGAUGAAGAAGACAUCACAUCCUCGGAGGGAGGUGAAUAUAGAGAUAAAGUAACAGAUGAUUUCCAAUAUAAAAGCAUGGGUGAUCAAAAACAAUUAGGUCGUCGGAGGCUGACCGCCGGACCAGAAAACGGACCCUUCAAUGAAGAUGAAGAAAAUAAUUAUCCCCCACCACCGGUUGAUUCUCCGACGCAGGAGUACGGUGCCUACAGCCCCACCUUCAGUGGCAUCGAUCGCAACAGCAGCUUCGCUACGGACGAGGCGUCCCCGGUUCAUCAGAGGCGUCCACAGGGAUUCCCAACGCAACCCGCCAACAGCACAUUCUUCGGCAAUCGACCAAUUAACCAAAAUGUCGGAAUACCCGGGAAACUUGACAGCCGAUCAACCGACGUUUAAAAGAUAGCUCUUUCCUUGACAAUAUAAACCCUGUUUCAUAAAUUCCGACAGCAGUCACAAGUUGUACGACUUCACCGAUUCCGUCAUCGCUCUAUUUUUUUAUUGUAAUAACCGUAAGUUUGAUAAGCUCAGGUAGACAACACACAUGAUGUUAAAGUAAUAAACCCAAUGUGUACUUAGUGAUAAGCAAGAGUGUGAAAUCAAUAAAAUAAGCUCAGUGUUAACAACUACUAA